AUGUCUGAACGUCGUGCAUCUUUUGGCCAUAGAGCAAGCAUGAGUCUAAAUUCUGCUGGAGAUUUCCUUUUCAACAGCCUUGUCGAAAAUGUCCAGAAAGGGACGUCAGCUACUCAAAAAUCACUUCGUCAGCUUCCUUCUUUGAAUAGAUCUGUAUCAUCAUCAUUAGGAAGCACAUUUUCAUUAUCAUCGAUUGCAACCAAAAUCCCGACUUCUAAUGCAUUAGAAAAGAUGAUCCAUUCAGUGCGACAAGAAGAGCAGAAUGUGUCAAUGGAGGAUGCUACUCAUAGAAUUGUCCUACAGUGUUCACAUGAGAACUACGUGGUGGCUCUUGCUCUGGAUGAAUCUGCUAUUCGAGCGGAUUGGGACUGUAUCCAUAAGACAGUGUUCCCGAAGAUCACAGAUUUAGAAUUGGAUGCAGCAUCAAAUCGAAGAGAUGAAAAUGAGUCGGAUAGGAAGUGGAUCUAUGAACUGGACAGACUCAGCGAAGCAUUAUCCUUAGAUCAUGACCAAGAUAAAGCCAUCAUGAGCGCAGAACUUGAUCGAAUUUUUGGGUUUGUGAACGAAGAAUUGUUGUGCUUUUACCGCUCAAGUUAUAUUCGAGAAGACGGCGUAUUAUUGACAGGACACAUUGCACUUACAAAGAAUUACGUAUGCUGGCACAAUUCUCCGAUAACAGACAAGACAUUGGACGCAUCUGCAGUCAUGUUCAACUUCAAUUACGAUCCAAGUUCAAUUACAAGCACGAAAACAGCAUACAAGGACGUUAUUGCAAUAGAGAACGAACAUCAAGGUCAAAAAGGCUAUGCUGUCGUCAUUACAAGGGCCUACAAGAGCAUAUUCGUUCCGACAUUUCAUCAACGAGAAAUCUUGGAUAUGCUGACACACUUUUGCAAUGCUUAUAUGCGACUCCUUGUUUCAAGCAUAGGAGAUGGCGAACCUGGUCACAACAGUCAAAAACAACAACCAUCGAUGGUAGAAUCACAAUCUGUAUCUUCUCAAGCCAAGGAGAUUCCUACUAUCGCUUUUUCAAUCAAUUCUACAUCUGAUCUAAAGACCUUUCAAAAGGAAGCACGCUUUCGUUCCUUAUUCAGACUUCCACCAUCAGAGACACCACUUGAAGAAUUCAUUGUGUCCUUUGAGACAAGGUUGACGGCGGAUGCUCAGGAGGGUACAGUUUACAUGUCCCAAAAUUUCAUUUGUUACAUGAGUGGAUCACUUACCCCAGGUAUAUCGACAUCUGAUGCAUCUUCGGCUGAAAUACCCACGCCGUCACUAAUGGUUGUUAUACCUUUGUCCGAAAUUUUGGAAAUUAAGCGCGAGCAGAGCUUCUCUAGCAGCAAUAAGAUGGGGGGAACAGGGGGGGGCCUCUUUCAUUCCGCAUCUAAUCAACAGACACUGGCGAGCCUUAUGUCCCUCGUAGGCCUACCUCAAAUGGGCGUCAUGAUCAUCCUACGGUCUCGGUUCGCUCUUUGGUUCACUCGAGCGCAUGGUAGUAACCAGGAGCUGUACGAUGCAUUUAGUAAGGCUCUGCGAGCCACUGGGCACUCUACAGCGCUGCUCAAAACGCUCGAAACCCAAACAAGCCAGAGCAUCCUUCGACGCAACCCUAGUACUACUAGUUCCAUUUGGUCAUCAUCCCAGUCUGAGGAUCAUACGCUUGUGGAUGAAUGUGGCAACACAGAUUGUGAUGGGACAGCACCGCUUCAGGUAGGACUUCAACAUCUCCUUGCUAUGGAACUGGAGGGCUCUGAUGGAAAUCUGCAGUAUCCAAUGACGCAGGCAACGUUCAAUAAAAAAGAUCAACAGCGCGAACUGGACAUUGAGAGCGCUUGGGUUGAUUACUUUGCAUUCUAUGGCAGGGAUAUGUGCAUGGUCAAAACUAGGAAGCUGCAAAGGCUGAUCCUCGAUGGUGUGAGCGAGACAUUUCGUCCGCAGUUAUGGAUGGUGCUUUCAGGCGCCUCGUAUUUUCGAUCUGGCGACGACUCUUAUCGAUUAAACCUUCAAGCCUGUACCGAAAAAGUCUCCUCAGUCCUAGGGGAAAUUGAAAAGGAUGUGAUGCGAAGUAUGCCAGGUCAUCCUGCAUUCCAAUCUGCUACUGGAUUGGGAGCUCUUCGACGUGUUCUCUUUAGCUAUUCCUGGAGAAACCCAUCGAUUGGGUAUGCUCAAUCCAUGAACAUAAUUGCAUCAGUCUUCCUACUUCAUCUCAAAGAGGAGGAUGCAUAUUGGCUAUUGGCCACUCUCUGUGAGCAGCUCUUGCCAGAUUAUUAUUCCAAGACACUUUUUGGUGUUCAAGUCGAUCAAAAAGUGUUUUCACACCUGAUGGGGAUAUCUUUACCAGCCCUUGCUGGUCAUUUUUACGCGAUUGAUUUCGAUCAAGCCACGAUCACACUGCCAUGGUUUCUCUGCUUGUUUCAAUCAGCUUUCCCAGUUCCUGUAGCGACUCGAGUCUUGGAUUGCUUCUUUUAUGAAGGUCCCUUAUUUUUGUUUAUGCUUGGUUUGGCUAUCCUUAAGAGUUGUCAAUCGUUACUCUUACAUUGUAAAAAUGAUGAAGAGGUUGUGAUGACGAUUCAGUCUUUCUUCAGGAGUUUCAAGGACCCUGAGAUCCCUGAGUUGUAUCGUGACAGACUAGUAGAUUCGGAUGAGGAUGCAGAUACUGAUGCAGACUCGGCAGAUCGUCAACAAUCUCAAAGACAAGGUCAUUACCAAGCGAAAAAAGGAGAAAAGACGCUGUUGCUGCAUCCAAAUAGGAAAAAGGAGAGUACAGUCUUGCAAACGAUGAUGGGUGACAAGGAAACUUGUUCAUUGAAUGGUAUGAGGCGGAUGGACCAGUUGCUGGAAAUGGCCUAUGCAGACUUUUCGUUUAUCACACAAAACGAUGUGCAAAUGCUUCGCGACCGGUUCCGAAUGACAGUUGCAUCCUCUAUGAAUCAAAAUAAUACAAAAUUUUGA